AUGCGAGCCCUCACUAGUGCCGCCGCGGCGAGUUUCACGCUCGCUGUUACAGCUCAGUCAUACCCACAGGUGCAAAUGACUUACAAUUACUCAUAUGAUAUCUCAUCGACCUCCGUCGAAUCCCUUACGUGCGGAAGCCAGCUAAAGGCCCAGGGCUACGCCACGCUCGGAGAUAUUCCCCAUUAUCCGUCAAUCGGGGCAUCUGAGAACGUCACCGAUGCCAAUUCAGCCGCUUGUGGGACGUGCAUCCUCCUGCAGUUCGCCGGAAAUUUCGCAUCAGUUCUAGUCGUGAAUCAUACCGAUGAGGGGAUGGUGACCUCAGAGCAA